AUGAAAUCAAGAUCUAUUCUCGGAGCAUUUAUGCUUCUCGCUCUUACUAUAACAACAUCAGCCGACAAAAAGUUUGAAAAUUUAGUCGUCUUUGGAGAUGAGCUAUGCGACACCGGAAACACAUACAAGUUAACAAAUUACGAAUACCCGCCCUCGCCACCUUAUUUCGAAGGACGAUAUUCUGACGGAAAAAAUUGGGUAGAAUAUUUUGUGGAAGAACACGAUCUUUGCCUAUACGAUUACGCUUAUGGAAGCGCUUCAUCCGACAACACGCUGGUGCAAACAUUUGCGGGCCCAAAGAACGUAAGCGUUCCCGGGGUCUUUCAACAAGUAAAUCUAUUUUUUGAGAAAGAAAGUGAAAAAAUCGAUGUUAAAAAAACACUAUUUGUGGUCGCGUCGCUUUGCGGUGACUAUGUCGCUACUCUUGGACAAGUUGAUGCUGCGGAAGUUGUGAACCGAAUUGGCAAUUCCAUUAAAGAGCUUCAUGUUACCGGUGAUGCCAAGCAUAUUCUAAUUGUACCUGUACCGCCGAUUGAUCGUGUCCCUGGACUUAACAGUUUACCCCCUGAAACAUUUGAUCUGAUAAAGAGUAAAAUUUCACUUCAUAAUGAACUCCUCUUGAAGUUCCUUGACGAAUUUCAAGAGAAGCACUCCGAAGUUAAAUUGUAUGUUGUCAAAGACAUAGAUGAACUAGUCCGUCAACUGUUUGAACCCGAGAUAUUGAAAGCGUUGGGUAUCACUGUUACUGAUAAACCUUGCAUACCUGACUAUGGAUAUGCGGGAAAAGAUAGUGUUGUUUGCGAUCAUCCUGAGGAAUAUGCGUUUAUUGACGGUUUUCGAGCUUUGAAUACUAAACUUUUUAAGCAAAUUGCUGUGGAGCUUGCUAGAUAUGUAUAUUAG